GGAAAAUUGCAAGAGUCGGAGGAGAACGCGUUGGGCAAACAGGAGGAGGAGGCUGGAGAUAAAGCUCGAUACCUGGAGAGGAGCAGAGAUAAUACAGUCAUUGCUUCCAGUGAUGCUGCUCCUGUUGCCUGUUGACCUGAACUCGCCUUUACCAAAGACAAUGACCAUGCAGAUCUUCUUCAAUUCUUCAACACUAACACUGUGAUGGUGGGACCUCCCUAAUUCAGUAAACACCCCCUACAGUAUGCCCUCCACUUCCUUCACCCCUAUUUUUAACUCCUCAACCCCCACCUUAUCCUCAUCAUCAGGUUCGUCAUGCCAACUGGAUGAGUCCUACAAGCACAUCUUCUUGCCAACCUGCUACCUCAUCACCUUCCUGCUCAGCUUGAUUUUGAACUCCACAGUACUCACACGAUGCCUACGACGACCUUGGAACCCAUCAUUGGUCUAUAUGUUUAAUCUGGCACUCAGUGACCUCAUGUACAGUUUGUCUUUACCCUUCCUUAUUGCCAAUUACAUCUCCCGUGACCGCUGGUUGUUUGGAGACCCUAUGUGCCGCCUGGUUCGGUUCCUCUUCUACUUCAACCUUUACUGCAGCAUCUUCUUCUUGACAUGUAUCUCGUUCCACCGCUAUCUUGGCAUCUGCCAUCCCAUGCGUUCCAUGAGGUUAGAAACAAUGCGUUGGGUGAGGGCAACCUGUCUACUGGUUUGGGCUGUGGUAUUUGCCAUGACCUCUCCUAUACUUCUGUUUGCUCGUACUGGGCCUCUUGAAGGCCCCGAAGAUAUAGUGACCUGUUGGGAUGAUGCCCUUGAUGCAGACCUUCAACGUUACAUGCCAUAUGGACUUUUUCUACAUGCAGCAGGCUUUUUCUUGCCCUUCUCAUUGACUGCCUGGUGCUACUCAAGAGUAGUACGCACACUCUGCCGGACUCUACGUGGAGGUGCUGUACCAGGGCCUGUGCCAGGUGUGACCCAAAGACGCAAAUCCAUUCGGACCAUUGUCACCAUCACCCUUCUGUUUGCUCUUUGCUUCCUACCUUUCCAUAUCACCCGUACCAUUUUCCUGACAAUGCGGGCUGGUGGCAUGGCUUUAGGUGGAUGUCGUGCCUUGGGAGUGGUGGCCAUCUGCUACAAAGUAACCCGGCCUCUGGCCAGCGCCAAUGCUUUUCUCAAUGCCCUGCUGUAUUUCCUGACCAAGGAGCCCUGGGGUCGAGCCCUGAGGGGUAAAAAAGAGAAAGCGCAAAUGGGUAAAAUGGACAAAAAGAGACCCACUAAAAAUGGACAACCAUGGAGUAAUUUCUACCCACAAUUACCUUGAAGAUCUCACAGGAACCGAUGGAAAGAAGCAAUUUUUUCCCAAGAUUGUGAACUCGAGUUUUUGAGUUAUCAGCUUCUGGUGGAAAUCUGGAUGACAACCAAUAUGGCCACCAUUACAGUUGUCACAGUGGUUGUUUACUCUAUUCACCAAGUAUCCUGACUGGGAAUGUCCCAGGCCAAUAGCUGCAGGGUUAGCAGUUGCUCCAGUCCCUAGUGCCUGAUGGUGGCCCAAAGAUCCUUGCCAAAUAAG